GCCUCAGAGUGAGAGGAGAUGGGGCUGCUAGCUGCUGAUGGCGCUCAGGGCUCUCGGCUCUCGGAGUGACCAGCCUCUCAGUCUACGUUAGCGCUUCCAGUCGUCCGGAGCGGCUAUGAAGGCGGGCGCCUCCUGCAUGUGGGCAUCGUGCUGUGGUUUGCUGAAUGAGGUAAUGGGCACCGGCGCAGUGCGGGGGCAGCAGGCGGGUUUUGGAGGUGCCGGGCCGUUCCGCUUCGCUCCGUCUGCGGGAUACUCCACUUACCCGCCCAACUCCACCAGCCUGGUCUGCCAGGCCUGCAGACAGACCUUCUCAGUCUUCAGGAGGAGGCACCUCUGCUGCGACUGUAAGAAGAGUUUCUGCUCGCUGUGCUCCGUCCUGCAGGAGAACCUGCGCAGGUGCGCUACCUGUCACCUGCUGAAUGGAACGGCCUUCCAGCGGCCGCGGCUGAUGCGCCUGCGGGUCAAAGACCUGCGGCAGUACCUGACGCUGCGCAACAUCAACACAGACACGUGCAGGGAAAAGGAAGACCUGGUGGAUUUGGUGCUGUGUCACCAAGGGGCGGAGAGUGAGGACGACCCGGACACGCCCACUCUGCAGACACGCCCACUCUACAGCUCAUCCACCGCAGACCCCGGCCCCCUGCUCUCCCCUUCACACGGAGAACCAAUCAGCAGGAGCGACAGCUCAGGAUCCACCAGUCAGGACCUCGCUGACUCCACCUCGCUCAACCUCGAGUCGACCCGACGCACACCAGAGGUGAGUCCAGCGGUGCAGCGGUCAGCGCGGGCAUCCCUCUCUGACCUGUCCAGCCUGGAGGACGUGGAGCAGCUGACGGUCAGACAGCUGAAGGAGAUUCUGGCCAGAAACUUUGUCAGUUUCUCGGGCUGCUGUGAGAAAUGGGAGCUGGCGGAGAGAGUGAGGAGGCUGUACCGCGAAAACCAGGACAACUGCAAGUCCAGGGAGAACGUGAGCCGUGCCGUCAGUGCAGUCGUAGCUUUUCCUCCUCCGAUCUGCAGCGGAGUCGGAGAUGAAGGCAGGACUCCGCUGUUCAGUGAUGAAAACCUGUGCCGCAUCUGUAUGGACGCGGUCAUCGACUGUGUGCUGCUGGAGUGCGGUCACAUGGUCACCUGCACCAAGUGCGGGAAGCGCAUGAACGAGUGUCCGAUCUGCAGGCAGUAUGUCAUCCGCGCCGUCCACGUCUUCAAAUCCUAACGGCGACCGGGGAGAAACCUGAAAAAUGAGCUCCAUGUGCAGAAGCUUUAAUGAGGAAGCUUCCGAGUUGAACUCUUCUGGCCAGAUUCCCAGACUAAAGUCUUUCAGUGGCGAAUCUCCACUGGGCAUUGCAUUUUAGUCCAAGACUAGGCUUAAUCCACAUUCAGGAGACCGGCACUUUAAAGGAAUACUGCACUGUUUUCAGCCUAAUCUGUCUGAUGCCCAACGUAUGUAGCAUAGUCAAUUAUCAUUAGUUAUAAUGUUAUUAUGAUCUGCACUUAGAAAAGUACAGGAAACAUUGACUCUAAAAUCAGGGGCAGUUUCUGCAAGCAACUUUACAAUGGAAGUCAAAGGGCAGUUGCUGCUAACAGCCUAUUAUAGAAGUCGUUAGGCAGUUGCUGCACACUACUUAUAGUGAAUGUCAAUGGGCAGUUGCAGCAAACAGCCUAUACUGACAGUCAAUGGGCAGUUGCAGCAAACAGCCUAUACUGACAGUCAAUGGGCAGUUGCAGCAAACAGCCUAUACUUAGUCAAUGGGCAGUUGCAGCAAACAGCCUGUGCUGACAGUCAAUGGGCAGUUGCAGCAAACAGCCUAUACUGACAGUCAAUGGGCAGUUGCAGCAAACAGCCUAUACUUAGUCAAUGGGCAGUUGCAGCAAACAGCCUGUGCUGACAGUCAAUGGGCAGUUGCAGCAAACAGCCUAUACUGACAGUCAAUGGGCAGUUGCAGCAAACAGCCUAUACUGACAGUCAAUGGGCAGUUGCAGCAAACAGCCUAUACUUAGUCAAUGGGCAGUUGCAGCAAACAGCCUGUGCUGACAGUCAAUGGGCAGUUGCAGCAAACAGCCUGUGCUGACAGUCAAUGGGCAGUUGCAGCAAACAGCCUAUACUGAGUCAAUGGGCAGUUGCAGCAAACAGCCUGUGCUGACAGUCAAUGGGCAGUUGCAGCAAACAGCCUAUACUUAGUCAAUGGACAGUUGCAGCAAACAGCCUGUGCUGACAGUCAAUGGGCAGUUGCAGCAAACAGCCUGUGCUGACAGUCUAUGGGCAGUUGCUGCAAGUUAUGUAUAAUGGGCAUCAAUGGGCAGAUGCAGCAAACCGCCUAUACUGGCAGUCAAUUGGCAUUUUCUGCAAAAUAAAUAAAUAAUUUUUAAAUAGGCGUCUAUGGAUAGUUGUUGCAAGCUACAUAUAAUGGGCAUCAAUGGGCGGUUGCAACAAACAGCCUAUACUAGCAGCCAAUUGGCAGAAGUCAAAGGGCAGUUGCUGCAAGCUACUUCAACUGUGGUAGUUGACUGAACGUUACAGGUGCAGCGCACAGGUUAGGAUGAGAAGUGAUGCCGAAUUCCUUUAACUUGAGAAACGUCUUGGACCAGGAUGUCGACGCUCAACAUGAACCUGUUAAACAACAUUAUGCAAACAUUCCACAGCACACGGCCUCUACUGACGUACGGACGCUGUAGGAUGGUCACCCGUGCGACACAUAGGCCACUGUGAGAACCUCAGAGACUCCGUCUCGCCUGUGAGUCGCACCCGGGUCAUUCCGUAUAACUCAGGAUGGAAAAUUCUGGAAGACUUCAGAUGUUUGUCUGUGUGUGUGUGUGCGUCUCUGUUUCUCCUGCUUGCAUCAUCUGCCUCGAUUUAUUUUGGUUGCAGAGCGGUACGAUGCGUUGGGGGACAAGUGGGUUUGGAGUUAUGUGAUACCUUUUUUUUAUGGAAUAAUACUCUGUUCCUCCCCCUCAAA